AUGAAUGAAAAUGAUAAAUUAAAAAAUAUAUUAGAUCAAAAAGAAGAAACACUAAUAGAUACAAAAGAGGAAGAAAAUCUUAAAGAAAAUAAUAUAAAGGAAUAUGAAAAUAUAUCAAAAAAGAAUUUUGAAGUUCUUAAAUUUUUAAACAAAGAUGAACUGAUUUUAUUAAUUGAUAAACUAAAUAAAGAAGGAAACUUAAGUGCCAUCAUAGACCAAGAGAUAAAACAGGAUACAUUGGAUAUUCUUAAAAAUUUUGAAAAUGAACAAUAUGAUACAAUCGAGCUAGAGGAUAAGGAUGCGAAGGUUGAAAAUGAGGAGGAAGAAGAGGAGGAGUGUUACUAUAUGAAUAUGUGCAAAUAUAUUCCCUUAAGACUCACCUAUGAAGAAAGGUUAUAUUUACGAUUAUUAGAAAGUACAUUAGAAGUAAGUGAGUAUACUGAUAAAAUAGAUAUAUUGCAUAGUGGAAAUAAAAAUAAGAAGAUAAUAAAAGAGAUAAAAACUUUAUGUUCAAUUUUAUCUGGUUUAGUAAUAGCAAACAACUAUGAAAAUGGACAAAAACUAAUACGUGAUAGAGAUUUUAUAAAGAAUAGUCAUUUCUUUAGUUUUGUUUUUGAAAUAGGUAGGAGGUAUAAAAUAUUAAACCCUGAUAGGAUGAGGAGUAGUUAUGGAAAACUAAUGUACUUCUUAAUGGAUACAAGAAAAGAAGAGAUUUAUGACUUACUAUCUUUUGAUUGUGUAAAUCCUAUAAAAACUGUAUAUGGUUUAUUAAAAGAGAGAAAAAAUGGUUUUGAUCUUUUAAAAGAUAGUUUAAUAAAAAUAGCAACAAUGCAAAUAGAUGGGAAAGGGAAUCGAAAUGAAAUACAAAAACAAAUAAAACAAAAAGAAGAUGCUAUUAAAUAUUUAGCUAGAAAAUAUUCGAAUGAUAAAAAUAAUAAAAAAAAUUUAUUUCGUAUUAAUAUACCUAUUUUUAAUUCACAAACAAAUACUGAAGAAGAUACAAAUAAUUCAGAGGAAUUACCUUCUUUAAGUUCAGAAGAAAUUGAGAGAUGUUUAUAUAGUUUAUGUGAUUAUAAUACUCAUAUAAAAAUGUUUUGUGAACCAUGCGAAAUUAUGAUACAAUAUUUAAAAUCAUUCUAUGAUCCAAAUGAAAGAAAUUCUCCUUAUUCUCUGUCUAUAGAAACAGGAAAACAAGGAAGUCGAUUAACACAUUCACAUAGUAGACAAUAUAUGUAUGUUUUGCAAACAUUAUACUUGUGGAGAGAAAUAGGAGAACAUAUGUUCUUUUUAUGGACAUGUGCAGAAAGUGAUAUGCUAGAUUUAAAAAACCCUUAUCGAUUAAUUGACACAGGACAAGGAUUAAACCGUAUGCAAAGUGGUCAUACAGUCCUUGGUGUUAUGAGAAAAAUUCUUCAUAACGUUCAAAAGAAAGUAGGUGGUUGGGUUGGAUCGAGUAUGAUUCAUAUGGGCGACACAAAUAUUCCUAACACUUUUAUGUUCAUUGAUAAAUAUACUCAGGUACCGAGAAUACUCAAUCCAAUUGUUUUAUGUUUGCAAGGAAUUGAUGAGUUAUACGAAUCUACACCUGCAAUGAAAAAUUAUAUUAACACUGAAUUUAAUGGAGCUCAUAAUUUAAAGAUGAUGAUAACAUGUGAUUUUUUUCGUCACGGAUUUGAUGGUAGUGGAGGUGAUAAUUUUAAUGAGGCAGGAAGUUGCAUAGAUGGUCGACUAACAUCAGCUUGGAAUUGGUGUUCAAAAAUUGAGAAGAAAAAAUACUUUCCCAUAUUUUUAUUAACUGGUUUUGUGGGAUUUGAUGGUACAUUUUAG